GGCAAACCUGGUAGAUCUUCAGAAGAAGCUGGAAGAAUUGGAAUUGGAUGAGCAGCAAAAGAAGAGGCUAGAGGCUUUCCUCACCCAGAAAGCCAAGGUUGGGGAGCUGAAGGAUGACGACUUUGAGAGGAUCUCCGAGCUGGGAGCUGGCAACGGUGGGGUGGUCACCAAAGUACAGCACAAACCCUCAGGACUCAUUAUGGCACGAAAGCUGAUUCAUUUAGAAAUUAAACCCGCCAUUCGUAAUCAAAUUAUCCGAGAGCUGCAGGUCCUGCACGAGUGUAACUCUCCGUACAUUGUGGGUUUCUAUGGAGCGUUCUACAGCGAUGGGGAGAUCAGCAUCUGCAUGGAGCAUAUGGAUGGAGGCUCUCUGGAUCAAGUGUUGAAAGAAGCCAAAAGGAUUCCUGAGGAGAUCUUGGGGAAAGUCAGCAUAGCGGUUCUGCGAGGUUUGGCCUAUCUACGAGAGAAGCAUCAGAUCAUGCACAGAGAUGUGAAACCUUCUAAUAUCCUGGUCAAUUCCCGGGGAGAGAUAAAGCUCUGUGACUUUGGGGUUAGCGGUCAGCUCAUUGACUCCAUGGCAAACUCCUUUGUGGGGACUCGAUCCUACAUGUCUCCUGAGCGGUUGCAGGGCACUCAUUACUCAGUUCAAUCCGACAUCUGGAGCAUGGGUCUCUCCCUGGUGGAGCUGUCUAUCGGAAGGUACCCAAUCCCCCCACCAGACUCCAAGGAACUGGAAGCGAUAUUUGGCCGUCCCAUGGUCGAUGGGGCAGAGGGAGAACCUCACAGCAUCUCACCGCGGCCCAGACCCCCAGGGCGCCCUGUCAGUGGCCACGGAAUGGACAGUCGGCCUGCGAUGGCCAUCUUCGAACUGCUGGACUAUAUUGUUAAUGAGCCUCCUCCUAAGCUGCCGAAUGGAGUUUUCACACAAGACUUCCAGGAGUUUGUAAAUAAAUGCUUAAUUAAAAAUCCAGCAGAACGGGCAGAUCUGAAGAUGCUGAUGAAUCACGCCUUUAUCAAGCGCUCUGAAGUGGAAGAGGUGGAUUUUGCAGGCUGGCUAUGUAAAACGCUGCGGUUAAACCAGCCCAGCACCCCCACCCGCACCGCCAUGUGACGGCAAAGCAAACUGCCUUGUGUCCGUACAUCUGCCUGUCUGCCACCGUUUCCUGCCCUUCAGUAGAAGACAGAACCGCCCUCCUUCCCCCCCCCCCCAUCCCCUUCCCAAAACGGCGAAGCACCAUCAUUUUGGGAAAUACCCAUCAUCCAACAAACGAGCAGAAACGGGCUUGCUUUCUUUGUUUUGUUUUUUCAUGCCUGCGUUUGAGCGCGGCUCAGUCUUUGAAGUUUCUGACAUUUGGGAAAUGUGCUGCUGCUUAUGUUGUCUCUUUUGAAACCUGUUCCCUUGGGUUAAAAAAAUAUGGUGUGUGUGCGGGGGGGGAAAG